UGGGUAGCACUUUUUCGCGUGUGUUUGGGAGGGAAGCAGACCGGAAUUUUACACAUUGCUAAAUUUCUUGCACUAUAAGCACUAAGGCCAAGUAAAAAUAAGUGAUAUGUCUUCUACAGAUAUUACAAUGGAAUCAAGCAUUGAGCACGAUGGCGCGCCAGCGACCGGCCUCACACCAAUUGGAACUGCUAACACGAACAAUGUGAUAAAGAAAAUUGCCCAUACCAACGCCAGUGCAAGCGGCGGUAGCACGGCGUCAUCCGGUCCGGGCGACGCAAGUGCCAAUGCCGAAGAGAUGACAUCAAGGGAUUAUUACUUUGACUCGUACGCACAUUUCGGCAUCCACGAGGAAAUGCUCAAAGAUGAAGUGCGGACUGUCACGUACCGCAACGCGAUGUAUCACAACAAGCAUCUUUUCCAAGGGAAGACCGUGCUGGAUGUCGGAUGCGGAACGGGCAUACUUUCCAUGUUUGCCGCCAAGGCCGGUGCCGCCAAAGUGAUUGCUGUGGACUGCUCGAAUAUAAUAGAGUUCGCUCGUCAAGUAAUUGUUGACAACAAUUUGCAAGAUGUUAUUACUGUAGUGAAAGGAAAAAUUGAAGAGAUUGAACUGCCAAAUGGAAUCGAAAAAGUUGAUAUUAUCAUAUCGGAAUGGAUGGGGUACUGCCUCUUCUAUGAGUCCAUGCUGGAUACGGUGUUGUAUGCACGUGACAAGUGGCUGAAAUCCAAUGGCAUGAUGUUCCCUGACAGAGGCACUCUGUAUAUUACAGCCAUUGAGGAUCGCCAGUACAAGGAUGAGAAAAUCAAUUGGUGGGACGAUGUAUAUGGCUUCGACAUGAGCUGCAUACGGAAAGUGGCUGUGACCGAACCACUCGUUGAUGUUGUCGACCCGAAGCAAGUUGUAUCCACAGCCUGCAUGGUGAAGGAGGUUGAUCUGUACACAGUACAAAAGGCGGAUCUAAACUUCUCUUCCAAGUUUAAUCUUACCAUCAAGCGCAAUGACUUUGUUCAAGCAUUGGUCACGUAUUUCAACAUUGAAUUCACCAAGUGUCACAAACGUCUUGGAUUCAGUACUUCACCUGAUUCCACAUAUACACAUUGGAAGCAGACUGUCUUCUACUUGGACGAUCACAUGACUGCCAAAAAAAAUGAAGAAAUCAAUGGAACGUUUCAAAUGAAGCCCAACGAACGCAACAACCGUGACUUGGACUUUGUGAUCGACAUCAGUUUCAAAGGAGAGUUGUCUGAAAUUCAGGAAUCAAAUACAUACCGCAUGCGUUAGGUUUAUGCCAUUUACCAAGGUGGUGUUAAGGCCACAGCCUUCUUUAGACAGAGGGAAAUAAUUGAUGAUGACUAGACGUAAGAUAUAAUCCAGUGCGAAAUGUGCAACGAAUUUGUGUUGCGUCUUCUACUAAGUUUAAAGUGUACCUUUUUAUUAUACAUCAUAUUUUUACAAUUGUGCGCCUGUUUAAAUGAUUAUUCAAGUAUACUUCUAAGCAUAUUGUACAGUGGCACAUUAAGUCUCUCAUACACAUAAUAAAGUGUGCGACAAACGCACCAUUUUACUGGAA